AUGGCAUACCAAAACAACAACUAUGGGUGGAGUCAUAUCCAUGAGAUUUUGGAGCCUGCAUCCUACCCACAGCAUCAUCAUCAUCAUCAAAACCAUCAUGUUGCAACAUACAAGGAGUCAAUAGCCGAGGCAAAUCAAUCAUACUAUGAAAAAGUUCGCCGUGAGAAUGAGGCUGAUCGACAAGAUUCGAGGUUUCGCCACCGGAAUAAUAGUACUUACGAAAGUGUUGAUCAAGAGGCUGAGGCUUUUAUUCAACAUGAACACAGGAGAAUGGGAUUAGCCAAACUCAUGAAGACUACUUAA